AUGCUUGUCAGUUUUGAUGUCCAAGAAACCCAAGAUAAAAUUAGGGGCCCGGGCAUUAUAGUGGAAAUAGACGAGUCCAAAUUUGGUAAACGAAAAUACAAUCGCGGUUAUCAUGUUGAGGGAGUUUGGAUUUUUGGUGGUGUAGAAAGGACUCCAGAAAGAAAAAUGUUCGCAAUGGCUGUUGAUGACAGAUCCGCUGAGACCCUACUCUUUCUGAUUGAAGAAAAUAUAAACCCAGGUUUAAAUUUUGUUGACCCUAUUACCGGCACUCAUACAAACACAAUUGAAGGAACCUGGAAUGGUAUUAAAAUCCAG